CCUUCCUCUGGAGAAAAAUCGGAGUAACGUGUGCCGGGAGUCCCCAUUCAUUAAAAAAAGGCCAAGGUCGAGUCACCGCGCGUCUUUCGGGCAGAGGAGCGUCUGUGGAGGGGCUGAGGCCGGAGAGAAAUGUUCAAGGGUUACGGAGGGGGAAGAGCACCUCCUCCCGGAGCUCAGAGGCCAAGUUUACCUGGUUUGGCAUCCGCAGUUCGCCCAGGAUCGCAGCAGCAGAAAUUCCCGUCGGAUCUGGGAGCCAGCGGCAGCAGCACCACCGCCCCCUUCAUCCCCAACCUGAACACCAUCACCCCCAGCCACAACCUGCAGUGGAUGGUCCAGCCCGCCCUCAUGGGCGCCUCCUCGGGAGUCCCUCCUUUCCCCCGGCCCUACCGCUGCCCGCACUAUGCAGCGGGCAUCCGUCCCGGCGUGAUACGGACCACAGGCCCCGGCUUAGCGCCUCGGAGGCGUCACUCUGAGCAUCUCACCCCGGAGGAGGAGGAACGACGGCGUCUGCGGCGGGAGAGGAACAAGCUGGCAGCCGCCAAAUGUCGCAAUCGGCGGAAAGAGCUGACUGACACGUUGCAAGCGGAGACGGAUCAAUUGGAAGCUGAGCAAUCGGGGCUCCGGAAGGAAAUUGCGGAGUUGCAGAAGCAGAAGGAGCGCCUCGAGUUAGUCCUGGAAGCCCACCGGCCCGUCUGCAAGAUCUCGGAGGAGUCAUCCGGAGACGAGGAGGGGAGCCAAGGCCGGCCACUGGCCCUCUCUCAGCCGCCGGUCAAGCGGGAGUCCCCCCCAGCACCCAGUGGCUCUCGCCGGACGGCUCCAGUGCCCCCCAGCAUCACUUUGCCCCCCAGCGGCCUGCUGGAGCCCGAAGCCCUGCACACCCCAACCCUCAUGUCCACUCCGUCUUUUACCCCCUUCACCCCCAGCCUGGUCUUCACCUACCCAGCGCCGGGUGACCCCGACGGGCCCUCGGGGUCCGGCUUUCCUUCGGAGCCCUGCUCCUCUGCCCACCGAAGGAGCAGCAGUGGCGAUCAUUCCUCGGAUUCGCUCAAUUCUCCCACCUUGCUGGCGCUUUGAGGAAUGAGCUCUUUUGGGCUGCUUUGAACCUUGGCUGCGUUUUUUGGGGGUCGAAGGAGGUAUUCCUUCUUCCCUGGUUCCUUUCGUGGUGCCAAAUUCCCUUGGGUCCCACUUGUGAGACCCUGGUUUCCAUCUGUAGUUACAGGCCUCUUGCUUACCCGCCCAGACGCAGGAAUCAAGUUGCUAGUCCUCAAGGGUAGCCAUAAAGCACUUUUAUUUUGUCAAGAGAACCUGCGUUCUGGAAAACCUGAACUGUAACCAGUGUUAUGUUCUUUCACCAGAAAUGAAACACUAAAAUCUCUCUUACACACAGUGCUUACAGGCCUCUUGUCCCUGCACUCGUGUGUAGGGCCCAAGGGGCUAGUCCUCAAGAGUGACUGGACAUUCUUUUUUUUUUUUGACACAGAGUCCUCUUUCUGGAAAAUGACUGGGGCUUUUUGGCUCCGUAGAUCACUUUUAAGAAAAAGAAAUCACCAUUUUAAAGUCGCUUUUCACUUUAUAUCCCUCCACUUUUUCAAACUAAGGGCAGAAAGUUAGGACUAAAAUAGAUUUAUUUCUCUACAGUGGCCUACAGCCACCAGGAUGAAGCAGGAUGUAUUUCCUUUCCCUCCAGAACUGAAGCUGGUUGGAGAUAUAUAUAUAUAUAUAUAUAAUUAUAAAUGUAGAGUUCUUUUCUUUUUGCCUGAUGUCUUGUGAAAAUUACUUGACAAGUGAUGUUUGGAAAAAGCUGGGAUCGUUUCGUGCAGUUUUAGACACGGGUCCUUGGCCAACCGAACUUGCGCAAGAAGGAAUUUGUACAAAACUCUAUAUUCUGCAGCAUUU